AUGCGAGACGGUCAGCUCAACAUUGAAUCACAGCUCAACGGACGGCACCCAUUACAAGCUCGUCUGGAGAACUGGGAGGAGACACAGAUGAACAUGCGAAUGCAAAACUACAAGCGAACCUUUGGUAUGGGUGAGCCUAUCCGACGAACAAUGGAGAUGCAGAUUGUCAAGGAAACCACCCUUAUGCCUGCUGUGGUCGGUACCCCCGCCAACAUCCACCUGGACAUUCUCAAGAAUAAGGAUCUGGACGUGGACUGGGAGGACGUGUACACCGGCGACGACCAGCCCCUCGACUUCCACUCCGAGCUCGAGAAGCGAAUGGGUAUUUAG